GAAGAAUAAGAAGGAAAAUAAAGUGUUUUGAAAUAGCAUCCGGUUGAUUUAGUGGUCACAGCGAAUUCAAGAUGGCGGCGCACAUGUCGCAUUGUAGAAGUUGGGGCCGUGUUCAGAGGUUUGGAAUUGCAGUAUAUAGAAAGUACAGCAGUGGCAGCAGAUAUCCAAAUAUCUCACUCUCUGCACCGUUACCAGGGAUCCCUAAACCAGUGUUUGCGUCCGUUGACGGGCAUGAGCAAUGCGAGACUAAAAUCACUACUUUGGAAAAUGGCCUUAAGGUAGCAUCUCAAAACAAGUUUGGUCAAUUCUGCACUGUUGGAAUUUUAGUGAAUUCAGGAUCCAGACAUGAGACAAAAUACCCCAGUGGAAUUUCACACUUUUUGGAGAAACUGGCCUUUUCUUCCACAGCCCAGUAUGGCAGUAAAGACGAAAUUCUUCUCACACUUGAAAAACAUGGAGGGAUCUGUGACUGCCAAACGUCCAGAGACACCACCAUGUAUGCCGUCUCUGCCGAGGUGAAGGGACUGGACACGGUAGUCAGCCUGCUCUCUGAUGCUGUAUUGCAGCCACGCCUGCUAGAUGAGGAGAUUGAGAUGACUAGGAUGGCAGUGCGCUUUGAGCUGGAGGAUCUGAACAUGAGGCCUGACCCUGAACCUUUACUGACAGAGAUGAUCCACGCAGCAGCAUAUCGGGGGAACACUGUUGGGUUGCCUCGCUUCUGUCCAGUAGACAACGUGGAGAAGAUUGACAAGAAGCUGCUACAUACGUACCUGCGGAGCUACUACUGCCCAGAGCGUAUGGUGCUAGCCGGUGUGGGUAUCGAACAUGAACAACUGGUGGCCUGCGCCAGGAAAUAUCUGCUGGAUGUGAAGCCAGUAUGGGGAGCCAGUACGCCUACCAAUGUCGACCUGUCUGUGGCACAGUACACUGGUGGAAUCGUAAGGAUGGAUAAGGAUAUGUCAGACGUGAGCCUUGGCCCCACUCCCAUCCCUGAGCUCACCCACAUCAUGAUUGGCCUGGAGAGCUGCUCGUUCCUGGAGGAGGACUUCAUCCCAUUUGCCGUCCUCAACAUGAUGAUGGGUGGAGGCGGGUCCUUCUCAGCGGGGGGUCCUGGGAAAGGCAUGUUCACUCGGCUUUACCUGAACGUGCUCAACAGGCAUCAUUGGAUGUACAAUGCCACCUCAUACCAUCACAGUUACGAGGACAGCGGCCUGCUGUGUAUCCAUGCCAGUGCAGACCCCAGACAGGUUCGGGAAAUGGUGGAGAUUAUAACCAGAGAGUUUAUUCAGAUGGCUGGGACAGCAGGAGAGAUGGAGUUGGCGAGAGCGAAGACGCAGCUCAAGUCCAUGCUGAUGAUGAACCUGGAGUCGCGGCCGGUUAUCUUUGAAGAUGUCGGCCGACAGGUUCUAGCCACAGGGAAGAGGAAGCUGCCACACGAGCUGUGUGACCUCAUCAGUAACAUUACAGCAAGUGAUAUCAAGAGGGUCACAACGAAGAUGCUGCGCAGCAAGCCAGCAGUAGCAGCGCUAGGAGACUUGACUGAGAUGCCCUCCUAUGAGCACAUCCAAGCUGCCCUGUCCAGCAAGGACGGACGCCUGCCUCGCAUGUACCGCCUCUUCCGAUAGACCUCCCUGUGUUUACCCUGACAUAAAUGUAUAUAUAUACUGGACACUGACCUACACUACCGGUCAAAAGUUUUAGAACACCUACUCAUUCAAGGGUUUUUCUUUAUUUAAAAUGUUUUCUACAUUGCAGAAUAAUAGUGAAGACAAAUUAUGAAAUAAAACAUAUGGAAUCAUGUAAUAACCCAAAAAGUGUGAAAAAAAUAGCCACCCUCUGCCUGGAAGACGUCUUUGCACACUCUUGGCAUUCUCUCAACCAGCUUCACCUGGAAUGCUUUUCCAACAGUCUGGAAGGAGUUCCCACAUAUGCUGAGCACUUGUUGGCUGCUUUUCCUUCACUCUGCGGUCUGACUC